AUCUCCACCACACACUGCGCAGUACGACAGAUACACAAGUUUUCAGUUCGUGGCUGGCGAGAUUUGUAUCGUGAGCCCUUGACAUCACACAUCAACGUGCAUUAGUCUGCGCUGGGUAGGAGACGUUCUAUUUCCAGUACUGUACAUGGAUUCACGAAUCUCCAUCGACCCUACAACCACAAAAUCAGAUUGUACAACAACAAAAUAAUCCCAGCAUAAUACAGACACCGGUCUUGACUUCAACUGCGCUGCUUCAAGUACAGAGAAGGAAGUCAACGCCACGAUGACCGAACCAUCCUCAACCUCAGACGAUGUCGUCGAUGUGCCCGUGAAUGGUGCAUCAUCAUCCAAACCAACAACGCCGUUAUCAAGUAAAUCAGGUUGGGAUGGGAAACUCCGAGUUACCAAGCAAGCGACGCUCGCGAAUCCAGAGGCUCUCAGCGAUCCCGACUAUUCCGACGAAGAUGCGCCGCCAGUGCAACAGAUCGACGCGGACGAAGAUCUCCUCGAGGGUGAGGAUCCCGACGUCGAAGAAAUCGACGCUCAACAUUCGCGCAUCACUUCCAUGCCUGCUCUCCACCUCGAACGCUUUCGAUGUCUCAAACGACUCUGCCUACGUCAAAACAUGAUCACCCACAUCGACCUCCCCGAAACUUGUCAAUCUACCCUCGAAGAACUCGAGCUCUACGAUAACCUCAUCAAACACAUCGAGGGUCUCGAACCCUUCACCAACCUCCGUAGUCUGGAUCUCAGCUACAACAAGCUCAAACACAUCAAACACAUCUCCGCGCUAGUAAACCUGGACCACCUCUACUUCGUGCAAAACCGCCUCUCCAAAAUUGAAGGACUCGCCACCCUCACCAACCUCACCUACCUCGAGCUCGGCGCCAACCGCAUCCGCACCAUCGAAGGCCUCGACACCCUCACGAACCUCCAACAUCUCUGGCUCGGGCAGAACAAGAUCUCGGCGCUCGAGAACCUCUCGAGCCUGACCGCCCUGCGCACGCUGAGCAUCCAAGCCAACCGCCUGACCUCCCUGAGCGGGAUCGAGGCCCUCCCGCAACUGACGGAGCUCUACAUCAGCGACAACCAAAUCCCCUCCCUCGAACCCCUGGCCCCUCUCACACACCUCCAGAUCCUCGACUUCCAGACCAACCCGAUCAGCUCUCUGGCGGGUCUCGAGGACCUCUCCGAGCUGGAAAACGUCUGGGCGUCGAAUUGCCAAAUCGCGAAUUUCCAGGAGAUCGAACGCGCGCUGCGCGACAAGGCGAGAUUGGAGGAGGUCUACUUCGAGGGGAACCCGGUGCAGAAGAACGGGCCGGUGCUGUAUCGGAAUAAGAUCCGCCUGGCCCUGCCGCAGGUCACGAAGAUUGACGCUUCAUACGUGAAAGUGUCAUGAUGACAGCAAUAAUGAGGGAGGGGAGAGAGGGAAGAGAGCACACCGACGUCGGGAGCCACGGGGCCCUCACGGCAUCGAUGUGUGCUCCUUUUUCCCUCGUACAAAAAAAGAUGAAGAGAGAGGACAGCGGUCACGGGAGUGAAGGGAGGGAUUUUGGGAAACUAUCUUGCAUGGCAGGCAGGGCGCGACGAACGCAUUUCCCAUUCGAGAGAGGGACGAUACAGAGGAAAUUGCUGUCCGAGAACGGGCUUAGUGAUGGGAAUGUUCUGAAUGUGGGUCAUGGUUCUAUCGGCAUCGAGAAUAAUUCGGGG